AUGGAAGGAAAUAGAGAAAAAUUAAGAAAAAGCAUUGAAAAUAACAAUGAGACUGAAGUUCAAGAUUUGUUAAGCCAUAGUUUAGAUCCAAAUUAUGAAGGUGGAUGGCCCAUACGAUUAGCUGCGCGAUUAGGAUUUUAUAACAUAGUGAAAUUAUUUUUACAAUUUGGUGCUAAUCCACAUCUUCUCAGUGAGUCUGGUGCUUCAACGUUACAAUUAGCUGUGUAUUCAACCAAAAAUUGGGAUCUAGACAAUUGGAACUUUUUGUUAUCCUGCUGUGACUCCUCUCAAUUGGCUGACGGGGCUGCUGUUGCAAUUAUUUUUGGCAAUACUGACGCUUUUAAAAAGAUAAUAAGAACUGGACGUUGUAACACUAAUAUACCAACAUCAUUAACAGGAAAAACUGUAGAAGAUCUUGCUAAAGGCUAUAAAUUAAAUUAUUUAUUAAAUCCAUCUCAAAACAAUUCUCUACAAGUUACAUCUACGCUGUCAUUACCAUCGCCUAGACAUUCCAGGCAACAUAGAACGGAUGUACGCAGAUCUCCAGUGCCGCAGCAUCGAAAUCUGUCGCCAUCUGUUGCCAAUUUUUUCAACAUCGCAGCGCAACGUCUGACUCCCCCUCGAUCUCCUUUAAGGCCUACGUUUUCACCAACACAUUGA